UCUAGUCUAAUCUAAUCUAAGUAAUCUAAUCUAAUCUAAUGGUAGAAGUCUAUUAAACUUAUUGGCUAUGUGUCACUACAGUGGAGUUUUAGACUCCCUACCACAAAUAGUUUAAAAUUAAUUUGGGAGCCAAGUUCCCAAUGGCACAAAAGGUGUGAGAGUGCGACUAGAAAAUGGCUUCACAUCAUUUGGAUUUGGCACUGAGUGAAGCAGGGCUGCAGUCUAGCACAAAUACAAGUUUUAAAAGUUCCUAUGUGGAACAAUAGGCAUUUAGAAGCUGUUUGUUGUAACCUUAUUAAAGUACUGUAUAGAAGAUUCAAUGUUAAGACUCCAUAGAAGCAGCUAAGCAAUCCUUGGGUUGUUCGUAACUAGCUCUGAAAGCAUCUAUGGACCUUUACCUAACUUCAACCUCAAAGCCUAAUUGUUCAGGUGAUGCAUAAUCAUCAGCUAGAACAUAUUAUAAUUAUAGGCUACAUUAUAGUGAUGUCACUUUCACAACUUUUGUUCAAAAACAAGCCUCAGCUGCAUUGUUUUUCCAUCGCCAGUCCCCUGGGUUACCACUGGUAAUCCUGUGUAAACAGAAAAUUACCACCUUAUUUACCGAUUCAAGUGCUUGGAAGUUGGUAGUAUGUGACUAUAUUACUUUUCAAGAGUUGCCGGUUGUACCUUUUAGAAAAUUAGUUUGAAGGCAGACGUAAAAGCUUUCAAUAUUCCCCAGAAUCAACUCUUAUCUACGUUGGCGUCAUAGAUUCUAAAUGGCAUUCAAUGGAAAGUUUGAAUUGGAGAGUCAGGAAAACUUCGAGCUGCUCAUGAAAGCUCUGGGACUCUCAGAUAAUAUAAUUCAGAAAUAUAAAGACCUCAGCAAUGUUAUUGAACUUACACAAAAUGGGAAUUCAUUUCAAGCUACUUACAAUUAUGGCAGCAAAGCAAUUACCAAUGAUUUCACCAUUGGACAAGAAAGUGAGUUUUUGUCAUUCACAGGGCACAGAGUCAAGGCUUUGGCAAAACUGGAAGGUGAGAAUAAGCUUGUUAUCACUAUGGAUGGACUGACUGCAACCAUGGACUUGAGUGGAGACAAAAUAAUUGAAACUAUGAGCAAUGGAGAAAUUACUGCAAAGAAAAUUUGGAAAAGAAUUUAAAGUAUACAAAAUGGACUUGAACACAAUGAAGCCUGUACCGCACUGUGUCAAUUUGUAUAACUGAAAUGGAAGCAAUGUAAUUGGAUUAAUAGCUGUGAAUGAAUUAUUAUUUACAUUUUCUUUAUAGUAGUAAUAUUUUUUCAUUGUCUAUCUAGAUGAAGUUUGGAAUAAAUAUUUACAGUUAAAGGAUGAAAAUCCCUUGUCUCUUGGUUGUGAUUAAAUUGUAGGGAUUCUGGGAUAAAACAUUGGCAUUUGAAACAAUUGUAACAUUUGCUUAGAAAGAUGGACAUCAGGU